AGACAGUGCUUGUCAAGUAGGGCAUCGUUGUCGUCGUCGUCAUCAUCAUCGUCGUCGUCUUUGCAGCUAUUCCCAGCAGAAGCGACACGGACUGACUCCGUCGUUGCGACGUGGAUGCUUAGGAAUUGGUCAAAGUGCCAACGCAGGACGCUGCUGAAAAAUAAAGGCUUGAGACUCGAGGUGACGCGGAUUCAGGGACACAGUGUGGAUGAAAGGACAACUAUCUUCAUCUUACAACUCAACAGGCAUUGACACCAGCGUCAAGGAACUUUCACAUCCAUUGGAUCCAUUGGAUUAACUACAAUAAUAAUAAAAAGCCAAAGGUGCUUACUGGCAGAUUUGGAUCGUCACAUUGUCAUCAUGUACUUGCCAGGCCACGGCGCCGCGUGGACUCUCGCGCUGCUCGCCCUGCUCUGGAGCCGGGCCGCCCGCUGCUGCCCGGCGCAGUGCGACUGCUCAGAGCGCGCCGGCUCCGUGGACUGCGCCGCCCGGGGCCUCUCCGCCGUGCCCUCCGACCUGCCGCCCGGCACCCGCUCGCUGCACCUGCAGCUCAACGGCAUCGCCGAGCUGCCCGACGGCGCCUUCGGGGCGGCGGCGCCCUCCCUCGAGCUGCUCGACGUGUCCGGCAACGGCCUGGCGGCGCUGCGGGCGGACGCCCUGCUAGGGCUGUCGCGCCUCCGCGAGCUGUGGCUCGCCAACAACAGCCUGCGCGCGCUGGCGCCGGGGGCCCUGCGCCACUCGCCGGCGCUCCGGGAGCUCGACCUCUCGCUCAACGAGCUGCCGCGCCUCCCGCGCCGCCUCUUCUACGGCCUGCGCAACCUGAGCCGCCUGUCGCUGCGCCGGAACCGGCUGGCAGGCGUGGAGCGCGACUUGGUGGAGCCGCUCGUGGGACUCCGCUCGCUGCAGGUGGCCGGCAACCCCUGGAGGUGCGACUGCUACACGGCCGAGCUGCGCAGCUGGCUCGAGUGGUACACCUACCGAGGAGGCCUUGUGGACGAGCUUCACUGUGCCCUGCCACAGGAGUUUAAGGGCAGGAACCUGCUCUCCAUCCCCUCCGAGGUGUUCUUCCUCUGCUCCCUCGUGCGCGACGGCUCGCCCUCGAGGGGGCAAGGAGGAGGGGACCGGGCGGGCAGCGUUCAGAGCGGCGCGGCGCCGUGCACCGUCGCGUCCCGCAACCCGCCGGCGAGCGUGCGCAGGGCGGUCGGCACGCUCGCCGUGGCGGGCGUCAUCUGCGGCGUCAUCUCGCUCAUGAUGGUGGUGGCCGCCACCUACGGCUGCCUCUACGCGGCCAUGAUGUCCAAGGUGCACCAGCCCGAGGCCGCCGCCUGCCAGCUGCUGGUCCGCGACGCGUCCGACGAGAACCGCGAGGCCAAGGAGCCGCUCAACCCCGGCACGGUGUGAGGGAGGGCCACCCACCCCCCGCCACGCCUCGGAGGGCCCCCCCCUGCCACGCCUCGGAGGACCCCCCCCUGCCACGCCUCGGCUCCCGAGGUAGCGGCGCGACCGGUGGCGGGCCAUCACGACGUUGCCACCACGGGUCGGCGGUCUCAAAUAAAUGGGCCGCGUAGUGCGCAGCUUCCCGCUUCGACUGCUUAGGCCUGUGGGCCUCUGUGCGUGAGCCCGCGGGUCCCUUUGUGAGUCUGUGAAUCUCAACGCGAGUCAAUAUCUCGAAAUCGCUGAACGUAUCGUUCAACGCCACUGCUGCCCGCUUCGAUCAGUCACCGGCAGCAUUUCAGAUAUUCACCAGGCUACUCGUGAAGCCACCUGCUUGCUGACCCACAUCGACAUGAAACUGCAAACAUCCAUGCUCUACUUCUCCCCACCACACGAGAGAAGAAGGGGACGAUGCAGGGAUUGUCAGGGUCUCGACGCGCGGCCACAGACCGCGUUUCUGAAUCCGUGCGCCAACUCAUAAGUUUGGGUGCCAACUCUGAGGUACAAGAAGCCGGGACAUAUGACGACAAGAAUAAUAUCUCACAACACCUCAAGAGGGAAGAACCACGUGGUUGUGCGGUGUAGCAUUGUUGUUAUUAUUUAGAAAGCGGCAAUAACUGGGACAUUCUAUGUUCUGAAUAGAUUUGAAGAUUUUCCAGGACAGCUUCCUCAAAAAAAGUUUCGAUCCUGGGAAAACCAGGUACAAGUGGCAACUCUGCUCAAACACAAGCACUUUCGCAGCCGCCAGCCUGCAAAAAAAUGCGCUUUUUUAUUUUAUUUUCCAACAAAAUUGAACAGAGCUAACCCGAGCGCGUUAGUCAUGCUCUCCUGCGGCACAGCAGCACUUAUUCGCCGCCGGAUAAACAUCGCCUCCAGCGUCGACGCUUUACGACUUAGGUAGCAAUUAGGUGUCCCUGCGCUUGAUGGAACUUGAAGCUGCGAUGACUAAAAACAAUGGUGGUCUAACAACCUCUCCGCGGCUUGAGCGGCGAGUGUAGAAUGUUUAUUUUGGGGGGGGGGGGCGGGGGUAAGUGAUGCAGAACGCGUAGCUUGUAUGCACCCAGAGGUGCUUUCAAGGUGGGAGGAACUUGUAUUUGGAUCAACGGGUGAUUUGUACAAUGGUGAAUUCAACAAGAGAGCACUUUUUCUUAAGGCCCCACUUGUCUUCCUCCGGGAAAAAGCCAAGAUCCUUUCUGUCCUCUUCAGAUUAACUACCACUGAUGCGAGAUGCUGUGUCUCACAGGGAUGCGUGUAGGCUCACAUGUUUUAAAUGAUAAAUUGGGAAAACAUUGACGUUUUGCGGGAGUUUUAACAAUCUCAAAGCUCUGUGCGGUUGCCGUUUAUUGAACUAGGAAAGCCUGAUAUCCACAGGAUUAUUUUUCGCCAGUUUCCUGCAAUUCCACGAUUGAGUGUUUGGCGUCGUGUGGUAGGAACCCGGAGGGUACCCACAGAAUUCCCCGCGCAUGGGAGGGGAUGACACGAAAAAGCUCGGCACAGAUGGAUUCAGUCCGCCGCUGCCCUGCCAUCUCCUGGCCACCUUGCGAGCCAAGCUGGAAACUCCCUAGGGCCGUCUCCUACCUAAGAACAAACCAGGAGCUCGAGCGUGAUUAGCUAGCUCCUGAGUCCUGGCGAUAUUGGUCACAUUCAGGGUCAUAUGGUCAUAAGGCCAUGUUUGAUGUAUUUGUUGUAAAACAUAAUGGUUCAAGUGCAAUAAGACGUCAAACUGCGCAGGCACUGAUGGAAUGUGACAUGAUUCUUGAUGAUACACGUAUAUAUAAAAUCACAAUCAAUACCACGACAAAACAAUUUCACAUUGUCAACAUGGAACGUUUUCGAAUUAAUUUUCAAGUCGAUAGGAAUUGAUUUUCCUUCCAAGGUUGUAGUUUUUUUCUGACCUCCAUCUCCAAUCCUCUUGUUGUCUCGCUCAGUAACUGCGGGGCUAUGCUCGUGCAUCGAUGGAGAAAGACACCCGCCCACCCUUCACGUCUCAUUCUGCAAAUUUCCAGCCACCAGACAAAUUCAGAUACGGAAUUCUAUUUGCGAUCAUAAUUUAAUUACCAGAGAAGUGAAACGUUGAAAUUUGUAUCAGUGUUGUUAAAUGUCCAGACCGCUGACCAGAAUUUCAAAAUAUUUUCCGAAAGUGUAAUUCACAUUGGAUAGUUUGUUGUUAUUUUUUUUCCAAAUGAUGAAGAAUGAAAAGUGUCCGAGAAAAUGUGAGUUGUUGGAAUAAUAGUUUCUGAUCUUGGGAAUGUUAACUUCUUCAAAUAACGUCCGGUAUUUAUUCCAAAGUCUCGUAUGUUUCUGUUGCGAUGCUUCACUCCAUUUGUACAGCAGACAAAGAGAGAGUUCACAGAUAAUCUGACAGUAAGUACAUUUUCACCCUCUUCUGAGUUUUCCGGUUGUUCGGCACGAUGCCCGACGUUCCGCUCCACCGCUCUGGUAGGAACUAAUCACAUCAGAGAGCUGCGCAGUACAGCUGCUAAGACCUAUGCAGUAGUAGCAAAUCAUAUUCCUCGUUUAUUGGACGGCUAUAUGUAUAGUUUUAUGAUCAAGGAUCGUCUGCAUUUUCUAGCUUUCCCCACUCCAAAUACUUCCUGCAAAGCAAGAGUGCUGCUUUGUGUUCAAGUUGUUAUGAGCACAAUUAUUAAGUUGCUGCCCCUUCUCAAGCCCCAGCUGUUUUCCUGGAACACGAAGUAUCCAGUCAGCCUCCGCACAAAUGCGCCCGUUUUCCCGUGGUUAACGCUUUUUUUGUUUUUGUACAGCCAGAGCAGUUAGUCCCCUCACCAUUGCACCGCAAUGCUUGCUGGCGAGUCGUGGAGGUGAUAACCGACUGGACGAUUGAAGCCCCACUUGACUACUUUUGCAAAGAUGGAGUGAUACAAUCAGUAAAGUCACGUAGGUAAAAUUUUUUAAUUUAAAUUAAUAAAAGUAAAAUAAUAAAAAAAUCACGACGUUUCGGAGGCAACACAAGCUUCCGUCUUCAGAUGGAACAGUCACAGCACGAUAGCUGUAUCAAGUGAUUUUUAUUUUAUUUUUUAUUUUACUUUUAUAAAUUUUAAUUUUUUACCUACGUGACUUUACCGAAAAAAACCUAAGAAUAUGAAUCCUUGCAGUGAACGAAAGCUUCAAAUCUAGAAUUGAUACAAUCAGCUCGUGCACGGGAUGGGUGGCUGCAUCGCAAGAUCACGAGACAAGGCAGCAGCUUGGGAAGACCCUUGUCGAGCAGUGGAUAGAACGUGCCUGGUGAUGAUGAUGGGGACUCUUUUAUUUUCAACCCACUGGCAGUGAAUCGAGCGUGUACUCAUUUACUGAAUAUUGUUCACUGAUUGAGGUUACGUUUGUUUCACUAAUAGCUCAUGAGCGCAUAUCCAAGAGUCGCAUGCAUUACUUGACAAGGCGACUUCCCAAAAUUGGUGUUAUUUUUCCUUCAGUGAGCAUAGCUGACCUUGCGUAGAUUAUUACAGAAAAUGGAUGGAUGUUUUAGUGCCUUUUCCUUUGUAAACGGCAUACAGAAUAAGCAAAAUUGUUUAGAAUAAAGUAAGCUACAUAUUUUAUAUUCAGUUUACCUAAAUCGUAUUGCUAAGCCAUUCACAGAGUGUCUUCCAUGCAACAGCAAAGUAUAUUUUGGAUGCUACGUACUUAUCCGCGAUGCUUUUGCUAAGACUCUCCCCUCGUUACGGAUAACCCUGAGAAGCAUAACCCUCACCGUCCCCAAUAAAUACCGCGUUUC